AUGGGGAACUGUGUCACGCGAGAAGACUUCGAGUGGGUAUACACGGACCAGCUGCACGCCAGCCAUCGCCAGGAAAUCCUGGCAAAGUAUCCAGAGAUAAAGUCCUUGAUGAAACCUGAUCCCAACUUAAUUUGGAUUAUAACCAUGAUGGUUCUCACUCAACUGGUUGUGUUCUACUUAGUGAAGGACCUAGACUGGAAGUGGGUCAUAUUUUGGGCGUAUGCCUUUGGCAGCUGCAUUAACCACUCCGUGACUCUGGCUAUUCAUGAGGUCUCCCACAAUAGCGCCUUUGGCCACUACAGAGCUAAGUGGAAUCGCUGGUUUGGAAUAUUUGCUAAUCUUCCCAUUGGCAUUCCCUAUUCAAUUUCCUUUAAGAGGUAUCACAUGGACCAUCAUCGCUACCUUGGGGGUGAUGGCAUCAAUGUGGAUAUUCCCACCGAUUUUGAAGGCUGGUUUUUCUGUACCACUUUCAGAAAGUUUAUAUGGGUUGUCCUUCAGCCUCUCUUUUAUGCUUUCCGACCUCUGUUCAUCAACCCUAAACCAAUUUCUUACCUGGAAAUUAUUAAUACUGUGAUCCAGGUCAGUUUUGACAUUAUAAUUUACUAUGUUUUGGGAAUUAAAUCUUUGGUCUACAUGUUGGCAACAUCCUUACUUGAGCUAGGCUUGCACCCGAUUUCUGGACAUUUUACAGCCGAACAUUACAUGUUCCUCAAGGGACAUGAAACUUACUCGUAUUACGGGCCUCUGAAUCUGCUCAUCUUCAAUGUGGGUUACCAUAACGAGCACCCUGACUUCCCCAACAUUCCCGGAAAAAGCCUUCCACUGGUGAGGAAGAUUGCUGCCGAGUACUACGACAACCUCCCCCACUACAACUCGUGGAUAAAAGUACUGUAUGAUUUCGUGACGGACAACACCAUAAGUCCCUACUCGAGAAUGAAGCGGCAUCCAAAAGGCAAGGUGGUACUGGAGGGAAGGUCCUCAUUGCUAAAGGAAUUCCUCUGUGGAGCUUCACAAGGGCUGGAAAGUGGGCUUUCUGCGUUACUAAUCGAAGCCCGGAGAAGGUCCUGA